AUGGACGGAAUCCAUUACGAGGACGACGGAGCGAGGUUCUACAUGUCCGGGAUGCUUCCGCGGCCUGGGAAACCAGCUCUAAGGACAGGCGUGGUGAGAAUCAUCUCCGUUGAUCGCGAGCCACAUAAAAGCUUUCAAGUAAGUGCGCCGCAUGUAGACAACGCUCUAGAGAACAUGAUUGUGAGGCAUUCAAGAGCUCACUCCCUCAAUCAAUUAUUCACG